AUGAUGAUCAACGAAUGUGGGCACCCACUCUGCAAGUAAGAGUCGAUUCAUCGUUUUCUUGAGUUCAAAAUGAUAUUUUUGUCUUGUUUUGGAAAGCUUCUUCUUGGAGUGUUCAUAGUCUGUUACUGUUCAUGCUUAGAAUCUUCAGAGGGGUCCCUAUAGGGGCAACCUUGGGGGCCCUAAACCAGCCUCCAUAGUGGUAACUAAAGAUUGCAAAAUUGGUCCCUAUAGGAUUAUGAUGGUUGAUAAUUGUUUUGAACUUCAAGCGAAGAAGCGUUUCCAUGCGAAAAACUGAAUAAAUGAGCUUUUGAAUGAGACACCCCUAUAGGGCCACCUUAAUUCUACCUCUAUGGGACCACUUUUUCGGCCCCUUUAAGGGUUGUUUUACUUCCCUAACCCUAUAGGGACCACUCUGGAAUCGCUAAGUAUAGAUCUUUUCAUUUCAUAGUGGUAAAAUUUGAUUUAUAGCUAUAAAAAUUCAGUUAGGAAUUGAUAAUGGUUAGAAUUAACAGAAAAGUUGAAGUUUUAGUUAACUUCAGAGUUUCAAAAAAUCUCUCGUCCUUUUUUCCAAGCCAAUGAUGAAUGCUUCAUAUUUCGAUUGAAAUCCAGAAAAUGAUUCCAGAAAUUGCGUCGAGAAUCUUUUCGCCCGUAAUUCUGGCAACUGCCACGUCUGUAGUAGAUUAUUGAAGAAAAACGGCUACCGUGAGCAAAUUUUCGACGAUCCUUUGAUCGACAAGGAAACUGCGAUCCGCCGACGUCUUCGCAAAGUUUGAAACUAAUUCAAAAACUAGAUAAUUUCACAAUUUUUCAGAUUUACAACUUGAAAAGGGACGAUUUUCCGACUCUCAGAGAGUUCAAUGAUUAUCAGGAGAGGUUCGGAAAAAUUUAACUUGACGAUCUUUAAGAUUUGAAUUUGUGGUCUAUAAUCUUGUCUUUGAAACCGAUGUUUCUGAGACGAAUGCUGAAAUUCAAGCCUUUGAAGAGAAAAAAACAAGGACACGAUUGAAAGGAAUAAGCGGCGGUUCGAUUAAAUUUUGAAGAAAAAAGGGAAAAAUAAUUAUUUUAAGCCUGGACGAGGACCAAAAAUGGAUCGAGGAUAAUUUGAGAGACGAAAGGGCCAUGAAAAAUCGUAUCAAUGAGGUUUUGGCGCAGGAAAGUGUGAGUUUUGUGGGAUUUUCUUCGAAAAGUGAUAUUCCAGAUUUUUAGGGAAAAAUUGAUAGUUUCAGAAAACGUGUUAGGAAGGCUUAAGUUUCCUACAAACCUCACUCAAGCCAAUAAAUUUUAAAUUUGGCCCAAAUUUUGAUGUUUCUUACUUUAUUUUUUGGAAAAAAAGCGAUUUUUUUACUGUUAUAAAGCCAUCCUGGUUAGCUAGUUUCGGUGUGAAAAUUUAUUUAUUACAACUCCAGAAAGCCUCCGAAAAGUUGAGUUUUUUUUUUUUGAGAAAGUUGUAAUACAAAAAGCGUUUUUUCUUCGUAUCAUUUUUGAUGCAAAUGUAUUGAAUUCCGAAGUUGGGGAUUUUCAUUCGGCCAGAUUGCUUUUUGAAGCACCAGAAGACGAUCCUGAAAGUCAUGAUCUUCGAAAAUUCCAAGUUUUCGAAAAAGAGCCGCAAAACGGACCAUUGUACAAGCUUUUGAUGAUUUUUGGAUUUUAGGCUGUCUUUCAUGAGAAAUGGGAAUUUUCUAUUUGUCUAGAUUACUUUUUGAAGUACCAGAAAAAAAAACCCUGAAAGUCUCAAUCUACAAAGCUUCUCCGAUCUCGACAAUGAAGGGCUCAAAAUUGCAAAAAGGACUACUCUUACAAGCAUUGUAUCCUCAGAAAGAAAACGAAAAUACGGCGGUGACGGACACGAAGGCGAUCAUGGAAGAACUUCGAGAAUCCAACGUCGCCGCUGAGAUUAUUCUGGAUCGUGAGAGGAAGCGGCAGAUUGAGAAGGAACUCGAGGAGAAGGAGGAGCAAGAAAAGAGGAAACGGAUCCAUAAAGGUGGAGUUUGAUAGUAUGAUUACUGAUAAUGGGAUAGUUUAUUAUAGUUAUAUGAAAAAUCGCUAUAUUUUUCGUGUUAAUUAAUAUAAUAUUUUGAUUUUGGGAUGAUUCUUAAAUGUAUUUAAGGCAAGGAAUAUUAAAAAUGAGUCAGAAUUUAGUUUUUAGGCCGGUUCAAAGAUUAAAAAAAUAACUAUUUUUCGCGGUUGAUGAAGUUCACGUUGAGUAGUACCACGUUGCUUUUUAAUCUCAUUUUUCAUUUUUUUGUUUCAAAAAUCUUUAAUUCUUUUGUUCAAAGUAGUAUAGAAAUGACCGCUAGAGAGAGAAGAAGACAACAAGAAUUUAGGAAAGUUAGAGAUCAUUUUGAAGUUAGUUCGAAAACAACAUGAUAAUUUUUUUGAGUAAAUUUAGGCCAUUUUUGAGCCCAGUUGUGAGAUUUUGAGUUUAUAUCGUGGAAUAGAGAUUUUAGAAUCAUUUUGAAGUUGUUUUCAUUUUUUCUUAUUCCAGAACUUCUGCAAGACCGGAAGAGACACGCCGAAAGUAUGUCUUUCACGUCGACGAUGCGCGUCGCUGGACGUCCUUAUACUCAUCAGGUUGAUCAUUUUUCGAAAUUACAGGGAAAAUUCUGUAAUCAAUCAAUAUAUUUGUGUUUUUGUGAUUCAUAUAUGUAUAGCUGAUCCACGGUAAGCUUGAGCCAUCAAAAAAGGGUCCUCCUACGACUCGUUUUUUUUUUGCGCGUAGAUCAUCCAGAUGCGCCUUGACAAGCUCAGAAAUCAGCGGGUUUGUAGUUGAAGACCGGGGGCUAGGUUUAGCUGAUUCACGGCUAGCUUGAGCCAUCGAAAAAAGGGUCCUGACACGAUAACAAAAUGAUCUCUAACUCUCCAAAAUGCUUAUUGUUUUUUUCUCUCUCACACGAGACAGCGCCUGGCUUGUGGAGAGCGCAGACAGGCCACAUUUUCUCAGUGUCUCAAGCUAGCCGUGAAUCAGCUAGAAGCCUCGAAACGAGAGGUAUGACCCCAGAAAAGUGAAGACUCCGCGCGGAAAAAACGAAAAAUGUUCGAAGAAAGAGUUCUGUGCGCGAAGAUGUACUACAAUCACGACUAAAUCGGAUACAUAGUAGCCUGUCUGCGCUCUCCACCAACCAGACACUCUCUCUUUUCUUAUCGCGUCAGGACCCUUUUUUCGAUAUCUCAAGCUAGCAGGGAUCAGCGAUGACCUUGAUCGAAGUUUUUCAAACUUUCUUUAAAUGUACUCGGACCUUGGUAAUGCGAAACGGACGUGCUCCGGCGAUUCUAGGAUCACUUAAGAGUGCUGAGGCUACUAAAGUGGUCACUGGAAACGCCCCGACACGUCCGAUUCGCGUUCCCAGUCGCGUUACAAAGGUGUACAACAAAAUUUCAAAUUUAUGGCUUUUUCUAGUUUUUUUUUUUCAUUUUCAACGUUGAUAAAUUUUAAAUUUUUAUUACAUUUCGAUAAAAUCAAUCAUUUUCAGCCCCUCGACUUGGUUAUCAAUGGUCCAACUUUGCCUUCGAUGAAAGAUAUCGAGACGAUGGGUUAUUUGACCCAUAUGAAAGCUGCUUCAGCGGUGAGUGGCCUUUUUUGGAGUUUGAAGCUUUUCUGGGAGAGUUGAGAGUUCAGAAAAUUGGAAAAUUUUGAUUGAAUGUUAAUCGUUUUCUGUUUAGCCUGGAGCAAAAACCCCACGCUCUUUGGAAAACGAACUCUUGGUGUGUUUUCGAAAAAUCCCCCACCCCCUUCUGUUGUGCUAAAUUUUAUUCUUCUCCGUAAGAUGGAAAAACUUUUCCCCUACAUUUAUUUGAUUCAAAAAAGAGAAAUUUUCCAGGGCCGAGUCGCCGGCGGCUACACGAGCUCACUCGGCUGCAUGCGGGCCAUUUUCGAAAGUCGCGUCGAUCUUUUGGCUUUUUGA